AUGUGGAUGACCAUCCAGCAACCCAACCGAGAGGUGCCAGAGAGAUAUGUACACAAGCCGGACUUGCUGCAGGAGGAACUGGCUUCUUUGCGUGAAGGGCUUCUGCGCGAGUUCCGGCAGAUGAUGGCCGAGCAGAUGCGCGACAUUCGCUUGCUGGUUGCCGGUAUCAACAACAAGGACGAACCUGCGAUCCAGCCGCCGACAACUUCUUGGAUGACUUCUUCCCAUGACGUCUAUGAUGCUCAGGAUCAGUCGGAUUUGCUUUCAGAGUCUGACAUCCCGCAAUUCGAUAUUCACGUCGAGUACGAAGGCUUCACUUGGUCACAGGUUGCCUGGGACAGUAUAGAGAACAGCCAGGAGCAUGAAGAGUUUGACGACAGCUGCAUGGAGGUUGCGUGGGAGAACAUGGAGCCCCGCACACCACGGAGACUGACGAAGGUGUUGGAGCAAGGCAUCUUGACUCCAGAGAAGCUUGCCAAGCCCAGACUGGCGGGGCCAUGGACAGUUUUUCAGGAUAGCGACGAUCACAAGGUGCACGUGGGAGCUGACAAGGCAGAGAACAAGCAAAUCGCCUCUUUGCAGAAGAUGCCGAUCAUGCUGUUGGCACAUAUCCGGCAGUUUGACGAGGUUAAUGAUGUCCGCCGGGCAUUUGACAUGACGGACAGCGCUAUGCUUCAGGCAUCCAUUGCCAGCAAAGUGCUGGAUGGAUGGUUCACAAGCUGUUGCGGCGUGCUGCAGCCCCGUUUAGGAGGGAGCAAUUGGGGCGAAUUACCUUUGUACACGCGGGUCUUUCAAGGAACGGAUCGCGGCCACACAGACACUGAGAAUGUCUUGCAAGAGUUUUGGCACAACUGGCAUGAAGACAAGAACUUUGACCCCAGCUCGCGCCUUGCCGUGCGGUGCGAGUAUGUCUAG